ACACGAGAGAUAAGGAAAAAGAAAUGAAAAAGACGACGCAGACGGAGUAGAACACAAGUUAGGGUUUUUGAAUUGGUGUUUUAUCGAUGGAACUUCGUAUUGGGAAUAAGUUCCGGCUUGGUCGGAAAAUUGGUAGCGGCUCAUUCGGAGAGAUUUACCUUGGAAGUGAUAUUCAGAGUAACGAAGAUGUUGCAAUUAAGUUUGAAAGUGUGAAGACUGUGCAUCCACAAUUGUCAUAUGAGUCAAGGAUAUAUAGAGUUCUUCAGGGUGGAAUUGGAAUUCCAAACAUGAAAUGGUAUGGCGUCGAUGGGGAUUACAAUGUCUUAGUGAUGGAUUUGCUUGGUGGAAGCCUUGAAGAUCUGUUUUGUUAUUGCAACAAGAAGUUUACAUUGAAGACAGUUCUCAUGCUAGCUGAUCAAAUGAUUAAUCGGCUCGAGUUCAUCCAUUCUAAGUCGUUUCUUCAUCGUGAUAUAAAGCCGGAUAAUUUCCUUAUGGGUUUGGGAAGGCAGGCAAAUCAGGUCUACAUCAUAGACUUUGGUUUGGCUAGGAAAUAUAGAGAUAGCUCAAGCUACCGACAUAUACCAUAUAGGGAGAAUAAACGUCUAGUUGGGACACCGGCGUAUGCCAGCUUGAACACUCACUUAGGGAUCGAGCAAAGUCGGAGGGAUGAUAUAGAAUCACUUGGUUAUAUCCUCAUGUACUUCCUCAGAGGAAGUCUUCCAUGGAAAGGACUAAAAUCUGGGAACAAGAAACAGAUAUAUGACAAGAUUAACGAUAAGAAAGUUUCAACUUCCAUCGAAACGUUAUGCGAAGGUCAUCCAAUAGAGUUUGCAACCUACCUCCAUUACUGCCGCUCCCUUAGGUUCGUUGAUAAGCCAGACUAUGCAUAUUUGAAGAGACUAUUCCGCGACCUUUUUACUCGUGAAGGUUUUCAGUUUGAUUUUGUGUUCGACUGGACGAUAUUAAAGUAUCCGCAAUCACAAUGCGGAAACCCUCCACCUCAUGCCGAUGUACAAUCUUGAUACUUUCAAUUUUUUUGUUAUCCCGUUCAUGAUAAACAGAUGAACAAUGCAAGAUUGUGUGAUGUUACUUUUGUCAUGAAUAGUAGAAUAUUGAAUAUUUGAGAUGAACAAUGCAAGAUUGUGUGAUGUUAUUUGAUAAUCUUAUCCCUUGCUAGCAGAAGCUGCUAGAUUGUGUGAUGUUAUUUGAUAAUCUUAUCCCUUGCUAGCAGAAGCUGCUAAGAACAUAUGCAGAUUGUUUUGAGCGAUAAAAGAGAGCUAUUUAUUUGCAGAACCAUAUAACAAUCAGAUCCCAAAUCAGCUAAAUUCCUGCUAGUUGGCAAAGAUUCACGCUAGAACUGUAGAACUUUCGUUUAGCAUCGACAACAAUAUCACGAUUUAACAGAGUAACCCAUCCAUUCCUGGAAAAAGUAUCCUAGCAUCGCAAGAACCGGUAACUGGUGUUUCCUUCUUACAGGACUAAAAUUAUGAAUCAAAAAAUGUAAACGUUACGUACACUCUUCAAUUGCUAGUAGAACAGAAGGUAACAACACAAGCAUAAUUGAAUAGGAUACAAAAACAAAUUAAACAAUGAAAUGGCUGGUGGUACAAAAGUAAUAAAAGAGACAUA